GCUUAUCACUUCCUUGCUGCGUCUAAUAUUUUACGGCUGCGUUGUGUUUUCGGAAGCGCGUAAAGUUGCCAUCAUCCCCGAGUCGCUUCGGCGCGGCGGAUACUUCAGAAGCGGGCUGUAAAACGCGAAGAAAACAAACAAAUUUCAAGCGCCGCCUACGAACGCCCCCACUUAUAAACAAACAAAGCGUACCAUUGGCCGACUAGUGCGGCGCAGCACAGCGGCGAGCGGCAUUCCUUGCCGGCGCUAUGUGCGGACAUAUGUGAAACGCGGGGGAAUCCCUGUGCCGCUACGUUGUACACGUCGGUCCGUACCUGAGCGUACUGAUAGUGGGGAGAAUAUAUAUAAGGCAAUAUCUUCGGAACGAUUUCAGUUGCCUGUGAAUGUUGGUUGUGAGCGUGUUGAUUAAACGUCGCAUUGAACUAACCGCAGCGAAAUCGAACGGUGCAGAGUUUUUCUAAGUGAGCAAUUGAUUUGUCGUGUUUAAUUAAAAUCUACUCAAAGUGCUCAAGACGUCCACGACGGAUAUAAACAAAUAGUCGCAAGUCACCAAUGUUUUUAGAGGAUUUGCGAGAUGGAGCGAGAGGUCUCCGGCGACAACCACCUGCGGUCGUGCGGAUGGCGACAAACGAAGAUAAAGAGCGCGUUUUAUUUGCUGUCAUUUGCAAUCAUCGCUUCAAUCAAAGUCAUGCAUGCAAUUAGUCAAUAAAUUGCUUUGUUUCGUUGAGUAAUAGCCACACAUGAACUAACGCAGCUCAAACGUCAAACUUGUGUGAUGCGGAUUAGAUGACAGGAAAGAGAUCGCGCAGCUUUAAAUGUGCCGUACAUCAUCGAGAUAGGGAAGUGUCAUCCGAAAACGACUUCCACUUACUUCUAGUCGAAGCAUCGUUCUUUCGCAGAAUGGUCGGAGUAAUUGCAAAGGAAUUCCUGACGGACGAAAGGGACCGGAAGUACUACGCGGACCACUAUACCUGCCGUCCGCCGCCAAUCUUCAUAAUCAUCGUCACACUUGUAGAGCUUGGAUUUUUUGUUUAUUAUUCAAUCAGUAUGGGUGAACUCAAUCCGUCCGGUCCAGUGCCCAAAGACUCCGUCUUAAUAUACAGACCAGAUAAACGCCUGGAAAUCUGGCGCUUCUUCCUCUAUAUGUUGCUUCAUGCAGGUUGGGUCCAUUUGGGAUUUAACCUUUUCGUGCAGCUGAUGGUGGGCCUGCCGCUGGAAAUGGUCCACGGGUCAGCACGCGUCGCGCUAAUUUACAUGGCCGGCGUUGCGGCCGGUUCCCUCGGCACGUCCGUCUUUGAUCCGGACGUGUUCCUUGUUGGAGCCUCGGGGGGCGUCUACGCCCUCUUAGCCGCCCACCUGGCUAACGUUCUGCUCAAUUACAAUAACAUGCAGUGUGGUAUUCUGAGGUUAUUUGGCAUUUUAGCAAUUGUGUCCUGCGAUGUGGGUUACGCAAUUUACUCGCGCUAUGCCGCGGAAUCUAUGGGCCCCCCGGUGUCAUACGUGGCGCACCUGACAGGCGCCGGCGCCGGUCUCACUCUCGGCCUGUUUGUGCUGAAGAACUUUGAGCAGAAGCUGCACGAACAGCUCUUCUCGUGGGUGGCGCUCGGCAUCACCGCCGCCUGCACGAUAUUUGCGAUCAUCUUCAAUGUGAUGCAUCCGAAUAUUGAAACGCUGAUUGACCUCGGCGACGGCGUCAACAGCGAGGCGAUGGGCGGCGGAGUGACGAUUCACGCCAGAAGGAAGAGACAAUUCAAUUUUGGUACUAGCGGAGCGUCACCCGUUCGCAUUUAUACUGACUGCCCAGAUUAGAGAUGAUUUCGUAAUUAUUUCAUAAUCAUAUUUUUCUCGAGUGAUAUUUCCAUGCUAGUCAUUAAACUUGUAUAUUCACUUUUGUAGUAAUGGACGACAAAUUAUUACGUGAAAAAUGAUCUUUAUGCUGCAAGUUGUAUGUGUUACACAUAUGCGUUUGAUAUAGAAGAACCAAUUUGAUUUCAACCAAAGAAAAAAACUAGUUAUUAUUGUUUUAUUUUUCACAAUGCAAGCAAUAAAAAUUAUAUUUAAAAAUA